AUCUAAUCCGAAACAUCCAAAACGUUUGUAAUCCGACAAUCGUGGCUGUAGCGGCGUGCUUUUCGAGUUGCAACAAAACCCACUGCCUGUGAACCACCAUGUCCAACGUCAACACAGGAGACAAGGAAAAGAAGCGGAAGGAGUCUAUCGUCGACCUCUCCAAGUACCUGGACAAAGCCAUUCGCGUCAAGUUCCAGGGCGGCCGGGAAGCGACUGGCAUCCUGAAAGGCUACGAUCCUUUGCUCAACUUGGUCAUCGACAACGCCACCGAAUACCUGCGCGACCCUGACGACCCGUACAAGCUCACGGAAGACACCAGGACCCUGGGACUGGUUGUGUGCCGAGGAACCGCAGUCGUGGUGAUCUGUCCCGUCGACGGCAUGGAGUCCAUUCCCAACCCUUUCGUGCAACACGAAGGCUGAACACUGAUGUUAUCACUUGUUGGUUUGUUCAUUUUAUUAUUAUUUUUUUAAAUCUGGGUCCGUCUCCUAAUCCAUCCUAUGUCAACAAGUACUGUCACCGGAGUCAUCGAUAUGUUCCCUAGAAUAAAUGGGUAACGCGCGCA